AUGAUGAAACGUGCUACAUCGCCUUUCAAGAAGUCUCACAGUAGACAAACAUCUACAGAUGAAAGAUUAGCUGGUGGUCAACACUCAAGAACUUUUUCCGGUGGCAGUGGUCAUAUACGAUCACCUAGUACACAAGCAAGCAUAGGGGCUAGCCACCCACCAAUAUCAGGAUCGAAUCAAACACACAAAAGAACUACAUCCAGAUCAUCAAAUACUUCCCAAAAUUCUAAUUUCUUAGCAGAACAAUACGAUAGAGAUAGACGAGGUAUCAUCAACUAUUGUUUUUCUAAACCGGAUCAUAAGACCAAUUCACCACCAAAUAAUUAUAUAACACAUGUUAGAAUUAUUGAAGAUGCUAAGUAUCCAUCUUCGAGACCUGCAGCAGAUUCAAAAUUAGAAAAUAAGAAAAAAAGGGUUUUAAUUCUAAGUGCCAAAGCAAAUAAUCAGAGUGCAAUCCAGUUACAUAAAGCUCGUGAGAAUUCAGAUGGGUCAUUUCAGAUAGGUAGAACAUGGGAUCUAAAGGAACUACUAAAGAUUGAACGCGAUCUGACAAUUCCUGAGGGGUUUUUAAUGACCAUGGGGAAGAAAUAUUAUUGGGAAACAAAUAGCGCCAAGGAAAGAACCGUUUUCAUCAAAUCCCUAGUUAAAAUAUAUAUGCAAGUCUAUGACGGCCGAAUUCCAGAGUUGAUCAAUUGGGAUUUAUCAAUGUUUUACUUGGACGAACGUAGUUACUCAAGAGCAGUUAUCACGAGAGAAUCAUAUUCUCAACCAACCUCACCUUCUAUUGGUACAUUCCAAGAAAAUAGCAAUGCAUUUGAAUCACAACAAACAAGUAUGAACAUACAAGAAAAAACAUCCCAUAGUUCAAGUAACGAUAUAUUGAUUCAAAAACAAAGGGAUCAAGAAUCGCAACAGAAACAAGUUCAUGAUCAAGAACUUCAAAGACAAAAAUUACGUGAUCAAGAAGCACAAAGACAGAAUUUGCAACAACAAGAACAACAACAAUAUGACAACGUACCUGAGACAGUAAACUUUCAACGUAAGUCUGAGAUAGAGAAUGUUUCAAAAAGCCCGUCACGAAAUAGCUUGACAAAAGCUCCAUACACUACAUCAGCUACCCUAAAUAGAUUAAGCAAUACCUUUUAUGACGAACAAAUGAGUUCACAUGCUGAUUCCGAUGACUUCCAAACACCAAGACAUGAUCCGUAUAGUUCUCAAUCACCAAUAAAAGCAGCUCCGGACCUCAAAUACGGUGACGUUCCAGAUAGAUUAUCUCCUUCUCCUACACGUAUUAUUGGUUCAAAUUCAAAAGUUGCUACAGUUCAUUUAAGUAAGGAAGCUGAUGACUAUGUAGCUGCCGAAUCACAACCCAAUCCAAGAUCGAGAAACAGACCUAUUUCAAGAUCACCUCAAAGAAACGUGUAUCAAGAGAGGCCGCAAAGUACGGUAGACCUAUAUUCCCCAUCUAAUAUUAAUAGAAAUAGUAUGGCUGACGGAGAUAAUACAAACUCCCUUGAACAAAGUAAACGAAUGGCUAAUGUGAAAUCAUUGGAUGAAGAUUACGAAGACAUGGAACCUAUAAGCUUCAACAACCUAAAUAAGAAGGGUAGUGAAGAGCCUCAAACAAAGUACACUACUCAACAAGAAAUUACUAACCCAGAUAGCCAAAUCUCACAAAAAGAGGCGCUUGAUUUAAACCAAAGGAAGUACGACAAUGCCCCUGCAAAUAAUGAAGGUACCGGAGGACAAAAUAUAUCUAAUGAUGAUGAUCUUAAUGCAUCCCUCAAUGAGGAACCACUCAACGAAACAGGUGACUUGUCGUUCGAAAAUGGUGAUGAAAUCCGCUAUAGUCAACACAUGGAACCACAAGCAGCCCACGUCUAUCACGAAGUGGCUACCAUUCAAGAAGAAGGCCAAAAAGUAUUACCACAGAUGAAUGAUAACGAAGAACUAUCUGCAGAACGAGAAAACACCAGUACAGGGCUGGUAGAAAUUAAUGAUGAGGCUCUUCUUGAAACAUUGACUGAUAUAAAUUGGAGCCCAGAAGAUGAUGCAAGUAGACUAUUGGAACGUAUUGACUUACAACUAGCUGAAAUCGAGCACAAGUUUAAUACAAAUAUAUUAGCGCUCGAAGAUGUUGGACCGGAUCUAAAAGUUUACGAGGAUAAUGUAGAUAUGGAAUGUGACAGAAUGAAUCCAACUUUUGCACUGUAUCUGAUGGAGAUGAACACAUUCGCAGAUGAUAUCGAUUUUGUUGAAAGCAGACAAAAUGGUUUGCAAAUUGAGAGUGCUAAUAAAAAACUAUUAUGGAAUACUUUAUCAGACCUAUUAAACACCGUAUCUCUAGAUGAGGAUACGUUAAAGGAACUAUUAAAGUGCCCUAUUAGGGAAAAAACGUUACCGUGGAUGGAAGUUCAAUUAGGUUCUCUAUCGAAAGCUGUUAGGGCCAUCAGAGGCCAAUCCACAGAUGAUGAAUACAGUUUAAAGGAUAUGGAAGCUUUGAAAAAAAGACGUCAAUAUUACGAAAAGGUCACUGAACUAUUUUUAGAGAGGGUGGUUGGAGAAAUGGGGACCAUGUUUGCAUAUAUUAAAAGUAACGGGACUACUAAGGAUCAGUUAGUUAGUAUUCUACAACGUUUACUCACCUUUUCAAGCUUGAUCAUAUUUUGUAAAGAAAUUUCUAAUGAUUCAUACAAAACGAUCAUAGAACAAUGGAAUGAAAAUGUUCAAUCAGCAUAUACUGAAAUGUGGGAUAAGAUUAUACAAAAACAACAGAAUCAAUAUGCAAAUAACAAAAAUACCUUACAAGGUAUUGCAAACCAACCUGGCGAGGAUAAACUACUAGAGCAAUGGAAAUCAUUCAAGGGUACCAGAAAAAUUACAUCUGACGACACCCUCUAUGCUGAUACCUUAUCAGGUAUAAUCGAUAUACUGAACCUAAUUGAGCAUCAAUGUAUCGUUUACCAAACUUUUAUUGAUAACUUUUUCCAUAUUUCCUCCAAUGAAUCUUAUGUUGAUUUUAUCGAUAAAUUUAAAGAUCCAUCCUCAAGAAUUAUCGAUUUAGACAAAGUUAAAAGAAUGGAUUCCGAUAGAGAAUCGGCACUGAUAAAAUCCCAGUUAGUUUCAAGGGUUUUUAAUCCUGUUGUAACACAACUAAUUUCAUAUUUUGUGGAAACUAUGAAAACCACUCAAUCAAUAGCUCCAUCAAUUAUGCUAAUACUAGAACAAAAAUUAGAAUAUCUGGAAUCUACAGACCAGGAAUUUCUAAGUGACACAUUUACGAGGAUUGUCACACAGCUGAAACAGUUAUGGUCUGGAUUUAUGGAAGACGAGCUGCUGUAUGUAGAAAGAAUUGCAACAGAUACAACAACUAAAUCGGUGUUUCCAACGGUACUUGGUCUUCCAAUUUUUAUCAAGAAUACUCAUGAUUCUAUAAUAUAUACCCAAAAUAAGAUCAGUGCAAAUGAUAUCGCUAAAUAUGAGGUACCUAAAAUGGUGACUGAGUCAUUUAACUCAUUAUGCGUCUCCAUUGUGAGAUUCCUUUCUGACCAAGUGGAUGAGAAUGUUGUAUCAGGAAAACAGAAAAGUGCCCUUUCAACAGACCAAUUGGCGCACUCCAUUACGCUUCUACAGAAUGCAAAUUGGCUAAUAGAACUCCUAACUAUGUUAAAUGGACCAUUAAAAGGAACUUUCGAUCAACCAAUCCAAGAGAGCAAGAAAAUUUUUGAUGUAGAGAAGGAAAUAUAUGCAAACUUUUUACUACAAGAAGCAAUUCCAAAAUUAACGUCGUUUGUCAACGGUGCAACGCACGUCGUAGAGACCAGUCCAAGCCAAACAACAAGCCCGGCAAUGUGGGGUGCAUAUAGUAAAAGUAACCUACAAAAUAUUUUGACAUCUUAUAAUUCUAAAGAGAUCAGUGUGCUGGCUACUAAACUUCAUAAAAGGUUAUUGAAACAUUUCUCCUCAGGACAACCCGAUAUCUUACGAGACAAUCUUUGUGACAAGUUGUGGUCGUGCUUGCAAGGCCAAACUGUAUCUCUGUACCUGCGGUUAUACACGAUAAUUGAUAAGUAUUAUAAAGGUACACACGUCAAGUUUACAAAGAAUGAUAUUAUUACAGCAUUUGAAUUAUUCAAAGAAACGUCGUAA